CUUCAUUCUUUUCCGGUGCAGUUGUCAAAAGUGGGAAAAUCGGUUUUAGGUAGUACCCGGCUAGUUUGUUAAUUUUUACGGUUAUUUCCAUUCAAAAUGGCUAAAAAGAAAGGUGAAAACUACGACAGUGAUGGUGGUGAGGAAUCCACUUAUGACGAAGAACCGAACUUUGAUGAUCCCGAGGGAUUUGUCGAAGAUAUAUCCGAUGAAGAACUCUUAGGAGAUAUUCUCAAACGGAAACCCUGUGAAUCUGAUGGUGUCGAGAAUGUUAUUGUUGUGGACAAUAUUCCAGUGGUUGGUCCAGCAAGAUUCCCGAAACUUCAGGGUGUCCUGGAAAAAAUAUUCAAGAGUGCUGGAGGAGAGAUAGUGAACAUUCACUAUCCUAAGGAUGACGAAGAUAACACUAAGGGCUACGCAUUCAUCGAAUACAAAAGCCCUGAAAUGGCGGAAGAAGCCGUAAAGGCAUUUAAUUGCUACCGACUGGAUAAAUCUCACACUUUACUGGUGAAUUUGUUUUCCGAUUUUCAAAAGUACUCGGAUAUACCAAAAGAAUGGAGUCCGCCGGAGCCGCAACCAUAUAAGGUACAGAAUGAUCUGUAUACCUUCCUAACUGAGCCCGACGCCCAGGAUCAGUUUUGUGUAGUCGCUGAAGCAACUCCUAGUGCUGUUCAGGUGCAGUUCUGGCAAAACGCUCAGCCUGAGCCUGUGGAGAUUCUAACCCGCGAACGUUUUACCGAGACAUACGUCAAAUGGUCACCGUUAGGAACCUAUAUUGUUACCUUCCAUAAACAAGGAGUAGUCAUCUGGGGUGGAUCGAAUUUUAUCAAAAUUAACAAAUUCCCGCAUUCGAACACACAGUAUGUAGAUUUUUCUCCUUGUGAACAGUAUUUAGUGACGUACGGACCAAAUGGUCAAAAGAUCGUUAUCUGGGAUAUUCGCACCGGCACGGAGAAGCGAUCGUUUGUUUCCGAUGGCACAACUAAUAUGUCAAUGUUCCGAUGGUCUCACGACGAUAAAUACGUAGCCCGAAUGGGUGAAAAUGCUAUUCACGUGUAUGAAACAUCUACUUUCUACCUUCUCGACAAAAAGUCCAUCAAAGUUCAGGGUAUUCGCAACUUCAGCUGGUCUCCAACGGAUAACAUUAUCGCAUAUUGGAUGUCGGAGGAUAUCGAUGCUCCUGCUCGCGUCACCUUACUGGAAAUUCCCAAAAAAAUCGAAAUUCGUAACAAAAAUCUGUUCAACGUUGCCGAUUGUAAGAUUCAUUGGCAGAAAUCCGGAGACUAUCUGUGCGUGAAGGUGGAUCGCUAUUCAAAAUCGAAAAAGGACAAGAAAGACGCUGACGUGAAGUUUUUGGGCAUGUUUUACAACUUUGAAAUAUUUCACAUGCGAGAAAAGGACAUCCCCGUUGAUUCGGUGGAGGUGAAAGAAACGAUUCUGGCCUUUGCGUGGGAACCCGUUGGAUCUAAGUUUUCUAUUAUCCAUGGUGAACCCUCCUCGGCUAAUGUUAGUUUUUACGAGGCGAAAAAGGGACAGGAACCGACCAUGCUCAAGAAAAUGGAGAAAAAAGUAUGCAGUCACUUGUUCUGGUCUCCCCGGGGGCAAUUUAUUGUGCUUGCUAAUCUACAAGUGGGAUCUUUCGAAUUCGUGGACACUAACGAUUUUACUAUUAUGAAGAGUGGUGAUCAUCAUCGAGCUUCCGAGGUUGAAUGGGAUCCCACAGGACGUUAUGUGGUCACCGGUACAACGGGAAAGAUCAAAGAAGAUCACGGAUAUUAUAUCUGGUCGUUCCAAGGGAAAAUUCUGAAGCGUGUCAAUCUGAAGAACUUUAUUCUGUUCUUAUGGCGUCCACGGCCACCGACGCUGCUUUCAGAAGAGAAGCAGAAAGAAAUUCGCAAAAAUCUUAAAAAAUACUACGCACAGUUUGAAAGCAAAGAUCGCGUUCGUAUGACUAGAGCAUCCAAGGAAUUACUGGAGAAACGUGCAACCUUACGGAAGGAGUUCGUGGAGUACCGAAACAAGCGCAUCAGUGAGUGGGAAGAGCAGAAGUACCGUCGUAUGCAGUUGAGAAACAAUGUUGAUACUGAUUCGUUGGAGGCUGACUCAGAUAAUGUAGAAGAAGAAAUUGUUCAAAUCUUAGUACGUGAAGACACCACCAUUCUCGAGUAGUCCGUAUAAGGUUGCUAAAAUUUGCUUGUUAUCUCUUCCUGAGCCUGUGAGAUAACCUGCAUUCGGGGAUACUAAAUACUAGACUAAAGUGUGUUUCGUCAGUGUUCGGCUGGUAAAUCUUCAUAACCAGGUGAAUUACUUAGCCACGAAAAGUUUGCCUUCCAUCGAUGCAAAAGACAGUUUUAAGCGCACUUGUGUAGUGUGACCGUGAAUACGUUAUUUAUACGAAUACGUUUCAGUAGUGCUACACACCAGGCAAUUCAAUUGUAAGUUGUACUUUUACUUUGUAACAUGCAUAACAUAUUGUUCAACUUGGCUAAUAAUAAAUGUCUUAUACUAGUGUACUGCA